CCUACCAAAGGUAAAACAGUGUUUCUCGUGAAUUCUUGUUUUGAAAUAUUUUCUCGCAUAAUUAAUUUUGUUCAUGACUUAUUGUUUAAAGUGAAUAAAAAAAUAUGCCGGAAUAUCCUAUAAGAGAUUCCAUUCUUACUUGUCUAAGUGAUGCUGAGUGCCCUAUAUUUGUGUAACGCAUCGCUGUUGCAUCAUUCUGUGGGAUAAUCUCAUCGAUAUCACACCAAAAUGAAAUCUGACGAACCUUUUUUUGCUCAAGAGCCAUGGCCGGACAACGUGAAACUGUUCCAGCCGUACGAGGUGGAGCAGAUCUUGCUGCCGGAUAACGCUAGCUGUCUCGCUGUGCAGGCUUUUCUAAAGAUGUGCAACCUCCCCUUCGAGGUGGAGAUGCGAUGGAACGCAGAGUUCAUGUCACCAUCGGGCCGGGUUCCCUUCAUCAAGUGUGGGGCCUUCGUGGUGUCAGAGUUGGAGCCCAUAGCCCAGUUUGCGGCCAACAAGGGAGUGUCGCUGUGCACCAAACUGAGCACGGAGGAGAAGGCAGAAAUGAGGGCCUAUAUGAGCCUGAUUACCAACGUUCUGGUCAAUGCUGAGCUCUACAUAUCUUGGCUGGACAACGACACCUUCCACCAAGUGACCAAGGUGCGAAACUCGUCGGUGUACCCUUGGCCGCUCGGCUGGCUACAGACUCGCGCCAAGAGGAGCAAUGUCGCCAAGAGGCUUAAGGCCCUCCACUGGCACGAUAAGACCCUCGACCAAGUCUUGGCUGACGUGGAGCAAUGCUGUAACUCGCUGAGCCAAAGAUUGGGAGAUAAGGACUAUUUCUUCGGAUCACCAACGGAACUAGAUGCUCUGGUGUUCGGGCACGUGUUCACAAUAAUAACGACUCGUUUGCCGUGCAAGAGGCUAGCAGAAGUCAUCCGCAAGCACGAGAGGCUGGUAGCGCUCGCCAAACGUGUCGACGAGCAAUACUUCAAGCGGCCAUAGCGUCAGGUGUGCAGGGACAUAUCCACAGCCUUCAGUCCCUGAUCCUCCGUAGACCCGGCGUAGACAGGUUAGAGAACUAGAGACAAUUUUGUGCGAAAAUAGAACAAAUACUUUCGAGUGGUUCUGUGUUUUGUGAGGUUUUAAAACUGGGAAAAAUGUUACAAGGUUGUUUGGUAAAAAAGGUUUUUGUUGACAAGCAUAUCAACAGUGGUAAAGGUCUAUCCGUUGUCUUAAUUCAGGAUUUUGUUAAACUAAUUUGUGUGUACGCAUAUGUUUAAUGAAGGGUAGUUCUUCGAACACCUUAAGUCAGCAUCAUUACCAUAAACGCAAAAAUAUCCCAGAAUCUGUGUUUUUGAAAAUAUUCAAUUAGAACUUAUGUCGCCAACUUACGUAAGAUCUGGGGGGUUAAGGCCAAUUCAUCUAAAAAAGCUAUAAUGCAAUUUGACAUUGGCGCAUAUUAUGCAUAUGCAAACAAAUGUCAAAUAGCAAUAUUGCUUUUUUAGUUGAAUUGCGUCGAGGCUUUUUUAACCCCCCUGGCUGGAUAUUUGCAAAAAUACCAAAGAUUCUAAGACAUGUUUACCACUGGUGUUCCAAGAUCUACUUAAGAAUGAUAAAAAGUAUUUUUUGAAGUGUGCGAUGUGUGCUGUUGAGCAUAUCCAACCGACUUUAUUUAUAUACGUUAAACUACAGAUUUUUGUGUUACUACAACUAUAUUUCCCUCAUUCGGUGCUUAAUGCUAUCGACCCACUAGGGUCGAUUGACUCUUUCAAAUAUAAUGCCCUCCGACGACGCCCUGAGCAGAGGUUCGCGCCCGACUGCGCACCGUCAGGCAUCUUGUCUCAGCGCUCCCCAUUUGUCCAGCCACGUAGUUAAUGUACUGUGGCAAAUCUACAAUAAGUUACGUCAAAAAAAAAAACGAGUUUAUAAAGUACAUAAAUUUACAACGUGUGCCUGUCGCAAUUAAUGUCUGUACUUAAAUGUAACUUGAAACUUAACAGUUGCUUACUUAAUAAAAUAUUUAAUGUCAAACAGCAAAUGAUUCAGUGGACACUGGCUGGUUUCUUUUUCAAAUUGGUCAAUUCUAUCUGCCUAAAGGCAAGGUAAUAAAGGUCUUUUUACAUAAGAUAUGCGCCUUUUUACUACCGGGAAUAUUCCCAUUUUGGGAACGGUGCAUCACUGCUUAUACUGCCAUCAUUUUAGAUAAUAUUUUUCAGUCUCAGUCCCUAUUUUUUAUAAUAAAGGUACAAUAAUAUAUUUCACUUUAAAAAGUACAGGAGACAGGCUAUAUUACAUAAAAUAUACUGUUUUUACUUCUUAAGAUCGACUAAUACAUUUCUAAGUUAACAGAUAUUAAUCUAGAAAAUAACGAUUUAUUCUAAGUAAUACUCUGCUGUUAAUAGAAAGCACAAAAGCAUGUAGAUAUAACACCAAUUGGCACUAUUGUAGCAUUUAAUUUACUAAUAGGUAAUUAAAAAAAAUAUUUUGUAAAUUUUGCAAUUUGUAAUAUGGCAACAUUGAGACAAAUGUACUUCAUGAUUGGUCAUUUGCCCUAGUGUUGCCAAUUAAAGCAAAAAUAUACAAAAUAUUUAAUAAUAUUUAGUGUUUAUAACACCAAUUCGAGGUAGGUAGCUUGAUGUUAUUUCUAAAGGUAUUAAAUGAGUGAAUGUGUGCGUAUAGUCAUUUCUAUUCAUUGUUAAGCAUUUAAAAGUACAGAUCAUAUUUCUUACGCAUUUUGUUGAAUUUAAUAUAGUUAAGGUAGGUUUACCUAUUUUUGCAACUUGUUUUGUCUGAUGCAUAAUGUUGAGUUCAAUAAAUUGUUAAUUAACAUUUGA